AACUGUCCUGGUGAGUCGUGAUACUAUAUAUUGACCCUUGUAUCAACUGGAGGUUGGAGCUGCCUUUUCCCCGCCACUGUUUAUCGCCUGCAAAAUAAGAGCCUUAGUUUAGGGGUCCAAUUCACGUCCAUGGGUGGAGGCAACGGUCAGAAAGCGAAGAUGGCUCGCGAGAGGAACCUCGAGAAGAUGAAAGCCCAAAAAGGAAGCCAACUUGAAAAGAACAAGCAGGCCAUGAACAUCCAGUGCAAGGUAUGUAUGCAGACAUUUAUGUGCACAACGUCAGAGGUGAAGUGCAAGGAACAUGCCGAGGCCAAACAUCCAAAAUCUGACCUCUAUACCUGUUUCCCUCAUCUCAAAAAAUAACCUUAGACGUCAAACAUUCUUAUAGAAAAUGUUGGUAUUAUCUCCUGUCACUAGUCGCAAAAGUGUCGACCCAAGCAAGAUGUGAAUUGUGUGUAUCUGUGAACUUGUUUGUGAGACUGGCAAGUUGUGUUAGUGGAUGGUUUUAAUUCUGAUUUGUGUAAAUAAUUGGGAUAUAGUUGACUAA